UUUUGUGAAAAUCGUUCAUCAGCUUUUUUCAAAUGUAAUUGGCGUACUAAUGAAUGGAUACAAUUAACAGAAUUUGAUAAAAUCUGUCGAUUAUUUCCACGACAUUUACCUAAAACAGAUAAUCAAUUUGUUUAUCUUCAAAGUGAUGUUAAUGGAGCACAUCAACAAUGUCAACGAUUAAUAUUAUUUAAUACACAAACAAAAGAAGAAAAAAUUUUAAUUGAUCGAGUCGAUAAUGUUAAAUAUUCGAAUGUAAAUACUGAUCCAUUUACAGCUGAAUGGGAUACACAAUUU